AUGUCGGGGACAAAGGCAGCUCUUAAGGCUAUCAACGAUGCUAUUCGCCAGCAAAAGUUUGAUGAUGCCGUGACCAAGGCACAGGAGCUUCUGGAAAAGGACUCCAAGAACUAUCAAGCUCACAUAUUUUUGGCAUUUGCCCUGGAUAAGAAAGACAGGCUCGACCAAGCUCAGGAAUCUUAUCGUUCUGCCACAUGGCUUCGGCCUCAGGAAGCACAGGCUUGGCAGGGUCUAAUCAAGCUGUUCGAGAAGCAGAGCAAUAAGAAGCUCGUGGACUACCAACAGGCAGUCGUCAAUCUCGCGCAGAUUUAUCAAGAUGCUGAUGACAUGUACAAGUCUCAAGAUGUUGUGAUCAAGUUCAUCGAUUUUGCUAGAGUUCAUGGAGACGAAAUCCAAUAUGCAGAAGCAUUGUCGAUACAACUCCCCGAAAGUCCACUGUACUCUAUUCUUGAGGGUCGAUUUCCUCAUCCCGCAAAGACGUACGAGACUGUAGCGCACAUUCUCGAAAAGUAUGAAAAGCACAGGAUAAACACGCUCAUCGGAGAGCGACGGACUAAGCUAGGUGCCAAGCUCACAGAAGUUACCCUCGACGCCAAGCGAGAAGUCUACAGCCAGAGCAAGCUGGAACACAUCUAUCGACAGUUCAUUAACUGGACAAAUGACGAUGACCUAAGACGGCAGUAUGAAGAGAAGCUUCUUCAACUUUGCUAUGAUCGUCUCCUGGUCGCGCCAGCAGGUGCUGAAAAGGAUACGGAGCGUCAAAAAGUGCUCGAUCUGGCCAACGGCAUGGUUGCAAUUAAAUAUCCCUACAAGCUCGCCUGGGAUAUCUCCAUAGAGUGGCAGGAUAAGAAGGAGAUCCGCGAGUGGGAUGUUGAUGUCCUCCGGGCUUAUUGCUCUUUCUUCCCCGACAGCGAUCUAUACAAGGUCAUCACAAGUUUCCUAACAAGUCCGAUUUCACCAUUUCCACCAGAGAAGCCGCAAGAAAAGACCAAAGAAACACCCAAUGAAUCAGACGAAAGCUCCGAUGACGAUGAUGGUGGAGUUCCCACUCUCGUGGUUCCUUUGACCGAUGAGGAUCGUCUCAUCAUGAUUACCGAAGGCAUUAUCACUGCAGACUCGGUAUUUGCAUAUCGACUUACUGGCCAAUACCUCCUUCAUAUUGGAGAGUACGAGGCUACUGUUGAGCUUAUGCGAAAGGGAUUGGGACUACUAGAGCAAGAGCGCAAGAAAACCGGGUUAUCAUUUGCCAACGCCGAAGACUCUUACUACCUGUCACUUGGAACGGCACUGGUUUAUUACCAGUCUCCUCGACACCACAAGGAGGCAAAGGAGUUGUUCGACAAGGUUCUUGAGCGUGAUACUACCUCCACUUCUGCUUUAAUUGGUGUUGGUCUCAUUUACGAAGAAGAGGAGGAAUACGAUGAGGCGAUUGACUAUCUCACUCGAGCUUUGGAACGUGACCAGACGAACAUCAAAGUCAAGUCUGAGGCUGCCUGGGUGAAGGCACUCAAAGGAGACUGGGAAGCCGCGAAAGCGGAGCUUUAUGAAUGUCUUGAGCCUCUCGAGACGCAAGGUGCUGCAUCAAAAGAAUUGUUGGGUGAGACACAGCACCGGCUGGGAGUGUGUAUAUGGAACAUCGAUACUAGCAAGGCCGCGCGGAAACAACGAAAGGAAGAAUCUGCAUAUGCAUACUGGCUAAGCGCUCUGAACAACCAUCUGAACCAUGCACCCACAUAUACAUACCUCGGAACUUACUAUGCCGACUACGCGAAGGACAAAGGCAGGUCACGACGUUGUUUCCAGAAGGCGCUGGAGCUAUCUCAUGCCGAAGUGGUUGCUGCUGAGCGACUUGCCCGCUCGUUUGCCGAUGAUGGAGACUGGGAUAGAGUCGAGCUCGUAGCCCGCCGUGUUGUUGACUCUGGCAAAGUAAAGCCACCUCCAGGAUCAAAGAGAAAGGGAAUCAGCUGGCCAUUUGCUGCACUGGGUGUAGCUGAGCUGAACAAGCAAGGCUUCCACAAGGCUAUUGUAUCCUUCCAAGCGGCACUUCGUAUCAGUCCCGAGGAUUACCACUCUUGGGUUGGCCUUGGAGAGAGCUACCACAGCUCGGGUCGACAUAUUGCUGCUACCAAGGCCAUUCUGAACGCCCAGAAGCUGGAGGAGGAGAUAGAGGCGGAUAUCUCUGGAGACAGAUGGUUCACGAAGUACAUGCUUGCUAAUGUCAAGCGUGAACUGGGUGAAUACGAUGAGUCAAUUGCUCUCUACAGAUCCGCCAUCGAGACGCACCCCGACGAGGAGGGCGUUAUCAUCGCCCUACUUCAAACUACAGUCGACAGUGCCCUUUCCUCCGUGGAAAAGGGGUUGUUCGGAAAGGCUAUCCAGCUUGCUACUGAGACCAUCGAGUAUGCAAAGACAGCCAGCGGUAGCGUUCUUGAGACCUUCAACUUCUGGAAGGCUAUAGGUGAUGCAUGCUCUGUCUUCUCCUCCGUUCAAAGCCGCACUCAAGACCUUCCCUCCGAUUCUGUUCGGGGGCUUCUCGAAAAGGGCUCACAGGAGGCAUACGAAAUCCUCGCCAGCGUUGACAAGGUUGGUACUGACGUGGUGUUUGCCAAGGGAUUAUACGCAGACGAUGAGCAGCCAGGAGUUGACCUCACUCGAUGUAUCCAUGCUACAAUUCUGUGCCAUAAGCAGGGCGUUCACAUCGCGACUAAUGAUCGCCACGCACAAGCGGUUGCUUACUACAACCUGGGAUGGGCAGAGUACCGCGCGCAUAUUUGCCUCCCUGCUGAUAUCAGGAAGAAGUCCAGCAGCUACAUCAAAGCCGCAGUGAGAUCAUUCAAGCGUGCUAUUGAGUUGGAAGCUGGAAACUCGGAGUUCUGGAACGCUCUCGGUGUGGUAACCAGCGAGAUCAACCCCUCAGUAGCGCAGCAUGCUUUUGCCCGAAGUUUGUACUUGAACGAACGAAGCCCAGCGACUUGGACAAACCUGGGAACUCUGGCUCUUUUGUCAGGAGAUGUGCAGCUAGCCAACGAGGUUUUUACGAGAGCCCAGUCUACUGACCCUGACUAUGCACAUGCUUGGCUGGGACAAGGCUUUGUGGCUCUCUUGCAUGGGCAAGCCAAGGAAGCCCGCGGACUUUUUACUCAUGCAAUGGAGAUCGCAGAUGCGUCUUCAGUACCCACCAGACGCCACUACUCGAGCGCUUUGUUCGACCAUGUACUCACAGUUUCUCCCAAUGAGCUCAACGUGGAGUCGCUUAUCCAGCCGCUUUUUGCGCUGAACCAGUACCAGAGCCUUAAAUCAAAUGAUCUGGCCUUUAGUCAUUUAGCAACGCUAUUUCAGGAACGUACCAACGAAAGUGGCCGUGCUGUUGAUACACUAGAGAAGAUCUCUGAAACCAUCGAAGCCGACUACGAGAGUACCGAAUCUCCUCAGAGCCUGGCUAAGUUUGCUCUGGCCAAGACUGAUCUUGCCCGAACUUACCUUGCAGCUGGCUCCUAUGAGAAGGCAGUCGAGUGUGGUGAACUAGCCCUUGGCCUCAGCAGUGAGGAGGCAGAAAACGAGCUCUCAAGCGAGCAACGCAAGAAAGCACGUUUGUCUGCACAUCUGACCGUCGGACUGGCUCAGUAUUAUGACAGCAAGUUCGACGAAGCCAUCACAUACUUUGAAACCGCUCUGGAGGAGUCUGACGGAAGUCCAGAUGCCGUGUGCUUGUUGGCACAGGUCCUCUGGGCCCAAGGAUCUGAAUCAUCUCGAGACAGGGCUCGUGAGGCGUUGUUCGAAGUGAUUGAGAAGCAUCCUGAGCAUGUCCAGUCAGUUCUCCUACUAGGUGUUAUCGCCCUGUUGGAUAAGGAUGAGGACAGUCUGGAGGCAGUCGUGGAAGAACUUCACAGCCUACGCACAAACCACAAGGUGACAGCUUCAGAACAGUCACACAUCGGCGAGGUGUUACGAGCUAUUGCUACUCUAGGAGAAGGACGUACAGAAGAGGACAUGAGAACACAGGUGCAAACAGAUAUCAUGCUAUACCCCGGUCUGCCCCACGGUUGGUCUGCCCUGGCGCAAUCCGCAGGCGACAAGCACGCAGCUCAGAUGGCGCUCAAGGUAGCAUCGAGGGGCAUUCCUCCAAAGGGUCUGUUGGAGGCUCAGGAUCUAUCAAAGGCGUAUGCUGGAACAGCUACUGCUGGGGAUGCUCAGCGAGCAACGUUCCUCGCGCCUUGGGAGCAGAGUGGCUGGACAUCGCUGGCUGCUGCUACGGAGGGAUUCUGA